AUGCUGAACCAGAGCGGGUUUCGUAAGAACUCCAGCACCAAGACCCUUGAGCCGGGCUGUGACUUCUUCGAUAUUGGCACAAAUUUUGCAACGUUGAACUACCCAACGGACAUUCUGGAGUACGUUCGAUCAGGUCAGGUCAAAGUCCAUCGCGAGAAUGUCUCACACCUGUCGAAUCAUGCCGUUCAUCUCGAAAACGGCACCAUCCUCGAAUCUAAUGGCAUCAUCGCCAGCUCCGGCUGGCUAUGGCGACCAACGCUCGACUUCAAAGACAAACACCUUCACACCGAUCUUGGUCUACCCAGCAUCGACUACACUCCCUCGCAAACAGAGCACUGGGCAGCUCUGGACCGCAAAGCUGACGCGCACCUCUUCAAGCAAUUCCCAAUGCUCAAAGCCCGUCCUCGCCCACCCCACUCCGAAGACGUCCGCCGCGACGACCAGCUCAACGACCUCAAACCCCGCGAAAAGAAACCCAUCUACACCCCUCAACGCUUCUACCACGCCAUCAUCCCCCCCCCCCCAACCUCCCCGACCGCACCCUCGCAUUCGUCGGCUACGGUCCGAACGUGUCCCACGGCAUGA